ACUGCUACUAGAGACUAUAAUAUUGCUCUUUCUUUUCAUUUUUAUUUUUCAUCAUUUAGUUGCAAUUAAUUUUAUUUAUCAUUAAUGAUGUUUUAUUUUUUUGUGUUUGAAUUUAAGUUUAAGUAACUAAACUAAUGUGUCAUUUUGAUUAGGUGUUACUGCGAAUUGGGUAAAUUGAAUCAACUAGUGAAAAGUGAAUAGUAAAAAUAUUCACCAACAAGUUUAAUGAACUAUCAACAAAAUCUUUAAACGUCAAAAUGAUUUUUAAAAGUUUUAUUCAGUUUAAUUGAUUUUAUUUGAUUACGUUUAUUGUAAUCAUGUUUAAUUUAAUGAUAUUGUGGUUAUCAUUAUUAUUUUGCCAACUCACUCUUGUCAACACCGUAACUUUACCAAGUCCUGUAAAUGGUCAACGGGAGGUCACCAAAAAGCGAUGUGAAACUGUUUCGGUGGCCUUUUGCCGAGAAAUUGGUUACAAUGAAACUAUUUUUCCCAAUCUACUUAAUCACAAUUCACAGCAAAAUGCCGGUCUUGCCUUACACCGGAUAACUCCUUUAAUCAAAGUUAAUUGUUCACCAGAUCUCAAACUUCUCUUAUGUGCUGUAUUUUUUCCUCCAUGUACCAUCUUAGAAGCACCUAUACCUCCUUGCCGUUCAAUUUGUCUCUCAUCAAAGAAUGGUUGUGAAGAUGUGAUUCACCGGUUUGGUCAGGAAUGGCCUUCUUAUCUUGAUUGUGACAAAUUUCCUGAUGUCGAGCCUUGUGUCAGUCGAACUGGUAGCAGAAUUGCUUCCGAAUCAUCCCUCACUCCGACCAGUGCUAGCACUGGCGUUAACUAUGCACCAACAGCGCCAUUUCGUUUCGUUUGUCCUGUUCAUUUCAUGGUGCCGAAAGGUGAAGGAUAUAUUCUUCGAUUAAAUGGUCGCAUUUAUCACGAUUGUGCCACACCUUGUGACGGUCUCUUGUUUAAUUCAUCUGAUAGGAAGUUAAUCAGAGCGGAGAUUAUUAUUCUUGCCAUUAUCUGCCUCGUAUCAUCUCUCUUCACCUUAUUUACACAUCUACUUGAAUCACGGAGAUUUAGUUAUCCAGAGAAAAUCUUAAAAUUUCUUGCUAUUUCUUAUACCGCUAUUGCACUUAUUCAUAUCAUUGGAUUUGUAUUUGGAGAUCGGAUCUCUUGUAAUGAACCUCCUCCUGUCUCUGUCAGUAAUCCUGAUGCUCUAAUGAUAAAAACAAUCACUCAGGGUAAUUCUAAAAGUGUAUGUUCAUUAACUUUCAUGGCAUUAUACAUUUUCAGUCACUCGAGUUUUAUUUGGUUCACAAUAAUGACAUUUACUUGGUUCAUUGCCUUUUGCUUUGGAUGGGGACGAGAAGCAUUCGAAAGGAUUUCAAUUUGGUUCCAUGUAUUUGCUUGGGGAAUACCUUCACUCGAUGCUAUUCGAAUUCUUGCUAUGAAACGGAUUGAAGGUGAUCCAUUAAGUGGUGUUUGCUAUCAUAAUUUUUGGAAUCGUGAAGAUUAUCAACAUUACACAGAUUCUUUCCUCUACUUUGUGUAUAUUAGCUUGAGUAUUUUAUUCCUUGCGAUUGGGUUCUAUUUUUCUUUUCGCUUACGCCGAGAACUUAGAGAUGAUGCCAGAGAUACUUAUAAGAUGGAUACUCUUUUAUGGCGUGUAUCUAUCUUUUCUGUUUUUUAUCUAGUUUCAUCUUUUAUUUCAAUUGCAUGUAACGUAUACGAAGUAUCUCAUCUCGAUUCCUGGAUGCUUGAUUGGCAACAAACCGUCUGUUUGCGUCCAGAAUUAGGAAUACCUUGCCCAUUUCAAGCCUUAGAAGAAGUGCCUAAAAAACCUAAUCUACAUUACUUUGUACUAAAAUAUGCUGCUCGUCUUGUGCCUGGAAUAUCCCUUUCUUUUCAUCUUUUUUCACGAAAAACACUUGAUUCAUGGUUAGAUUUCAAUAGAAAACUCUGGAACACAUUGUGUUGCAUUAAUGAGCCAAUGGACCAGGAUAAAAGCAUCGAUGAGUGACUUGGAUAUGAAAAAACUUGUGCCUAUCUUUAAUUCGAAGGAUCAAUGAUGUCGAUUACAAACAAGCUUCACAAAAAAACAAUUAUUCUGGCCCAAAAAUAUUAAUUAUUUCUCAUAAUUAGCAUUUAUUACAUUUACCUUCACAAUUUGUAAAUACAAUAAUAUAAUAUACAGUCUAAUGUAUUAUUAUCUUAAAUUUUGAAUAUAAUUUUAUAAAUGUUUACAUUUAAACUGAAAAGAAAAACCUGUCAAAUCUUUUACCCAGAAUGCCAUGAAUAUACAGCUUGAAUGUUUUCUAAAACCCUAGUAAACAUUAUUCUUGGAUCAACAAAAUAGAGUUCAAUAUGUUCCUGGUGAUUAUGUAGCUCAAUUUGGUAUCAACUUACCAAUCAAAGUAGUUCAUGGUUAAAAAUAAUUUAACCAAACAGAUUGAAAAUCUCUUUACAGCAAUAAGGGCAAAUUAAUAUUAAGAUAAUACAAGUUUUUUAUAAAAUAAAUAUGUAUUUUCGGGAACCAAGGGCAACCACGUUUUGGAGUUCAA